AUGGCCAAGAUGUUCAUCAUUGCCCUCUGCUUGCUGAGCUUGGCUCAGCUAUCGGGUGCCGUUGAUGAUUUGCUAGUGAGUUUUUAACUUGAUUUAUUAGAAAUCUACUUAAAAAGGCACUGAUAGGGUAAACGUUUCGAUAACUAGCUUAAUAGGGAACGUUUUUUAUCACCUGGUUGAAUUUCUGAUAGAAGUUUGCUGAAGUAUACUUUAGUACCUCGAUCGCAAAAAAAUAAAUUCUCUCAAUAGAAAAUGAGACGCUUCAAGAGCUUGAAAUAGCGCUUUUCGGUCAUAAUUUGCGUAUUUUGCAAACUUUAAAGCUUCAUAACUCGACCUUCCUUCGUGAGGUGUACAAAUGUCACCCUGAUCCCAACCCAAGGAUAUUCUGAGACAUUUAUACAUUGGUUUUUGGUCCGAAAAUUCGAAAAAAAAAAUUCCUGAGGAUGAAUACUUGAACCAAAAAAUCAAGUGUUGAGCAAAAUCUUUCCGAAAAGUGCAGGAAAAGCUCAAAAAUUGACUUUCUUUCGAUUUUUAUCAAGCUUCAGCCUGAAAGAUCCUAUUAUGACCGAAAUGAAAAAUUUUUUAAAAUCAAAAAACCGAAAAAGACAUUUUUUGAGCCUAUUUUCUUUGAUUUCUCGACUUUUCUUUCUGUACCCAAGAGCCUUGUGAAGCUCAUUCUGAAACUUUGGAACCCUAUUAUUUGGGAAAAUCAGAAAUUUGUCCUCGAGCUGAGUUAUGGCGCCGACAAAACCGAAAUAAUUCAGAAAAUCUGGAUCCCCUUACAGUACAUCUUCCGCUUUUUCUCAAAACUAAUUUCAUCCUUUUUUUUUUAAAUCUAAACUUGUUUUUAUCACAGGUUAACCCGAAAUUACUAUUUCGGUGCUUUUUUCAAGCUAAUAUCGGUCAAAGCGAAUCAAUUCAGUAUCUCGAUCCGGAGGGAGUCAAAGCUCUGGACGCCGUGCUUACGAAGCUCAACAGCAUCUUCGCCUACAAGCACGAGGAACGUUUGCGCUUCUUGUUCAACGACAGGUCCGAGGUCGAGUACCAUGGGAUGCGCUACAAGGGCUUUGGUAAGCUGUUUCAAUUAAAAAUCUUGUUUCUAAAGUUUCCGUAUUACAAAAAUUUCUUUGCACAACUUCUACCUCAAAAAGUUUGACUUGAGCAAAUUCAUAAAAGAACUCUCUUCGCGCCGAACCCAUCAAAAAAAUUUCAGAAAAAAUCCGCGAAUGGUUCAGAAAAAUGAUUCACGAGGAGCAGUUCAGUUACGUCAUGGUGAUUGGAUUUUCGACUGAUUAUUGGGAAUUUAUGGUUUUUUUCUGCAGUUCCAAACCAAAUGGGACAUGGCUACGGACCUGUCGGAAGUGCGCGCCAAUGGCGUCGUCCAACUUAACGGCAAUGACAAGCAAUUUUCGAUUCGCAUUGUUUUCGUGCGUUUUUUGAAUUAUUUUGUAGGAUGUAUUAUGUACAUGAAUAGUCCGAAAUUCUUUUGAAAAAUGUUCUGUUAAAGAAAAAUUCUAUCUGAUCUUGAAAAAAUAUAACCUUUCUGCGCGCUCUAAUUUCUCACCUACAAAGUCAUCGAAUCAUAUAAGAAGCUUGUAAAAAUCAUAGCAUCCGUUGAGAAAAUAUUGAUUUUUUCUACCUCGGACAUCGGUAACGUGAAUCGGACCCGUCGGGGCAUUUUCUAGUGGCCACUUUAGUAGCGUCAGAACUCUUGAGUGAUCCCUAGGAAUGCUCAGAAACAUCUAGAGCAAGUUCGAUUUUCGUUACCGAAGUCCGAGACCCUAUAGAAAGAAUCCAUUGGAUCAAUUUUUGCUCGAAAAAGAUCAUUUUUCAGGACGAAAGCUUCCAAAACAUUGUCGAAAGCUUGGUAAUCAGCGACUGA